AUGACUGAUCUCUGCGAACAACCAUUAGGACUACUCUGUGAAGUGAUUCGACGCGAAUUAGUUCAUCUUCUCGAAUCCUUGCCUGGCACAAAGGAUUUGGUAGUGGAUGCUACGUUACUUCGUCCUAUUGAUCGAAUUGCAUCCAUGAGUUUGUUGCAAAAGCACGGAUGUCAACGAGUGAUUCCCCUACGACUCGACUCUCAGGUGGCUAUCCCGUGGGAUUCAAAUGUGUUUCGUCGUGUCUACCUUCUCCGCAGUUCCCUGGACAUGGCUCGAUUGCUGGCCCAACAUGUUCGUGCCACUUCUGAAAAGCAAAUCGCUGCGAUUUGGGUGGAUCGUCGUUUAGUGGUUUGUGAGCGAGAACUAGAGCGGCAAGGAGUAUUUGGGCUUAUUGAGUCUUUUGAGCUGAGCAUUUCUUUUAUCUCGCUUGAAAGUGAUCUGUUUUCAAUGGAAAUGCCUGUUGCGAUUGCUCAAAAAGAUUUAUUGUCUCCGGCGAAUGCUUUAUUUCAGUUGCAGUCUCUAUAUGGUCUUAUACCGACAGUUUAUGGUUUGGGAGAGCAGACUGAGAUGCUGUGGAAGUUGAUGCAUCAUGUUUACAUCGAUCGAGGAGAGCCGCGGUCGUCGCCGGAUCAACCAAUUAGCCAUUUAUUUAUGUUCGACAGAUCCCUUGAUCAAGCCACGGUACUGAUGACUGGCCUAACGUACGAAGCUAUGCUUCAUGAAGUAUUCUUUAUUGGGUGCGGAAAAACCUCAUUCGGUCCAGAAGUAGAAGAGAAGAUGAAGCCCGAUGUUGAACAUGGAGAGGUGACGAAAAAGUCUAAGGUCUACGUUCUUGACAACAACGAUGGUGUAUUUUCGUCAAUAAGAAAUAAACAUAUGACAGGGGUGUUUCCGUUUCUCAGUUCAAAGGCCAAGGAAAUUCAAUCGGAUUUCAAUAAAGGUGCUUCAAUUGACCAGGUUCGCGACAUGAAGCAGUUUGUUUCACAGGAGUUGAAAUCAUUAAAACUUCAACAUCGACAACUAGAGAUGCAUAUUUGUGCUUGCGAAGUAUUGUUGGAAAAAAACGGUGCUGCUGGAGCAGGAGAACGUUUGCGAUUCGAGCAUGAAUUGGUGGCGGGAACAGCUAACAUCAGUGACGUAAUUUCAUAUCUCGAAGACUGCAUGCUGCGAGAAUUGCCCUCUUGGCAGGUAUUAUCACUGGCAUGUUUAACCUCUUUAUCACAGAAUGGUCUUCCUGGAAAGUAUUUCCAGUCAUUCCGCGAACAUUUUCUUCGAAGCUACGGUUAUGAGUACCUUCCAAUACUUCAUAGUCUCUGCUCCAAACGGCUUUUGAUUGAGAAGCCUCGACCAAUCGUGGGUGCUGCGCCGUCGGCAAUGCCUUCUCCAUCUCGAAGUGAUUCUUUACCAACACUGCCAUUUCUUAUCAAAAGGCUUAACCUUGUACCAACAUCAGAAGACACAGCGGUGGAUUUGCGAAAUCCAUCAGCGAUGAGUUAUGUCUUUUCUGGCGCCUUCAUACCUCCGUUCUGUCAAGUUGUCGCCAAUGCAAUGGUUCAUGGAUGGAACACAAAUGAACUAAAGAAGACAUUUGGACGAGUUUUAGUAGAGGAAAACAGUUACAUUCCUGCCGAUCGUCGUCCUGACAAUCGAAUGAAAAAAGCUAUUCUUGUUUUCUUUCUGGGUGGUGUCACAUACGCUGAAGUGGCAGCACUAAGGCUGCUUGCGGUGCAAAAUAAUUUUCGGAUACUGAUAGCAUCAACUAAUAUCAUUCAUAGGGAAUCAUAUAUGAAAUAUCUCAGUGACGUAGAUCCUCGUUUUUCUAAUUAUCAUUUGUGA